AUUUAUAUAAAUUAUUCUUAAUGGCCGACUUCCAGCAACCAAAAAAUCAAAAGGAUAUGCAUUAUGAGAGACUUGAUGUUGAAGCUGUUGGGGAAGAGAUAAAAGUACCCCAAGAUCAAGAGUAUUCUAGAGGGUCACAUUCAAGAAAAGGCCAUCCUCGUGAUUACUUCAAUGGCGAAUCCAGCCACAGCGGGAGCUUUUGAAGAGACAUCGAUGACGAAGUUAGAGGCGGAUUCAUAUCAAAGGUUUAUGGAAUUAUUAGCUUCCAGCUCAUAGUAACAGCUGUCUUUGUCCUUCUUGCUAUUGGAACUGGGUUUGGACACUGGCUUCUGAGAAAUAUGUGGUUCAGCAUUGUAUGAAUGGUAGGUGCUAUAAUCACAGAGAUUAUGAUAAUCUGCUGAAAAUAUGGAAGAGUUGUACCCCAAAACUACAUCUGCUUGUUUUCAUUCACAUUCUUUGAAUCUAUUGUAGUUGCAACAAUUUGAGCAAGUGUAAACAGUCCCUUUAUCGUUCUUGUAGCUGCUUUCAUGACCUGAUGUCUCGUCCUGACUCUCACAGCCUACGCUUUUUACACAAAGGAAGAUUUUACAGCUUGUGGCUCUGUUGCAUGGGUGAUGCUCUCAUCCCUUCUAAUCCUUGCUAUCUUAAUGUUCGUUUUCCCGAGUAGGAUCUUACACAUUAUCUACUGCACAGCAGCAACUCUUAUUUUUAGCUUCAUUCUGAUUGCUGACACUCAGAUGUUAAAAGGAGAUAAAGAAGAAAGAUUCGGAGAAGACGACUACAUCCUAGCUGCCUUAAUGAUCUAUAUUGAUAUUAUCACCAUCUUCCUUCAGCUAGUCCAGCUACUCGCUCAAGCAAGUGAUUAAAAUUC